CCCACACGGGUACAGGCACCAUUGCGGACAGACCGGACACCGGUCCAUGCCUAUUGCAGAUAGGUAUAAGGAGCUCUAUGCCUACCUACCCUGAUCCUCCCAUGGCCCAUGCCCCAUGCUUCCCCUCUGUUCAGUGCUGAGUUGCUACUGUACACUCGAGCUGGUCCAGGGCCUGAGCUUAAGUCCAACAUUGAAUCAGGCACUUGGGGGCGCCUUGCAAAGUACUACCGGGCUCCCUGUGCAAGUCUGUCUCGGUGCCCGGUCCGAGUCCAACAUGCGGGUGGGUGCGAAUCGCCGAUAUGUAUCCGUACAGAGUACGAACACAGGCACCGGGUACGUGACGGUCCGCCAGAAAACAAGCGGGGCAAGUCCAAGGGUCCAGCACCCUCCCGGUACCUUGUCAUAUUGCUGCCGCUUGUUUGUUCGCUUUUGCUGCUCUGCCAUGGCAGCCCCGGUCGCCCAUCGCCCAUCGCACCUCCCUUUUCCAUUGACUUUCCUCUCCCCUGCCCUCUGAACAUUCAACACUUCAACGAAAACACGGCCAAUCACAGCUCCCCAUUGGGCCCGAACUUCCCCAACUCUUUCGGCCGCCGCAUGACGGAAGUCUCCAUUCCCCAUCCCCCUCCAUUCCCACACCACCCAAAAGUCUCACUUGCACAAAAAAAAAAAAAAAAGGAUUCCUGCCCGCCAUUUCUUCGUGCGGGUAAGGUAGGCGGCGAGUGUGCUAGCGCCGACCCGACGCUACUAAGGUACCUACACCUACAGAUCGCCCGUACCGUCGGAUCCCCGGCCCUCGCCUACCACCAAACCGCACUACACAAUCACCACUACCACCACCACCACCCGCCACUAAUACCACAAGCAGCAUACUGCCAGGUGUGUCUUGUCUGUCGGUGUCUGUCGUCGGUCCGCCAAUUCUGCCCGCCCUAUUCCUCCCGCUGCAAGGCAUUGUCUGGCAUUGUUGGCGACCAGACAUUCUUGGCGAUUGAGAUUGGGAUUGGGCCUUUUUUUCGGCGUGGAAUUGGACGACGCAGCAGUGGUGCUUGGGCCAAGUCUCGACUCUCGCUCGACCUACUCCGUGACUCCGGCUCUAAUUUGACUUUUGCUGUCACUUCUAUCCUCCCUCGGACACUUGGGACACCAACAAUAUCAUCCCUGCUCACCAUCACCUCACAGAAACCGGGCACUCUCUGACUCUCUCACAUACGCCGACGCACCAAGUACCGCACACCGUUCGUUCCCACUGUCUAUUCUCCUCCCCCUUCCUCGCUCCCUUGUUCAUUGCGACUGAAGAGGAAAGAAAAGAAGAAGAAAGCAACCAGAGAGAGAGAGAGAAAGAUACCUUUCCCGUCCCACACCCCCCCUCCUGGCGGCGCUCCUCAACUACUUACUACUACGUCGAACUCCAUUCUUCUUCUCCUCCGAUCCUCGCACCCUCGACUCUCUUUUUCUUCCCUUCCUCCUUCUUUUCCU